AUGACUCUCAGCAUGGAUGGCUGGUCAUCCAGGGCUAGACUGGAGAUUUACACCUUCCACAUCACUUCACCCCAAGGGGAUGCUCAUCUCUACAAAGCAGAGCUUCUGGGUUCGCAAACUGCUUCAGCCAGCUGCAUCAAGACAAUUCUGGAAGGCAUCUGCCAGCAAGCUCUACCCUCUGAGCAGCACCAGCUUCUGGCGCACAAGCUCUCAGCCAUUUGCUCUGGCAGUGCUUCAGCUCUGCAGCAAGCCAAAGAAGACCUCAGCAGCACCUAUCCUUGGAUCAUCACACUGCCAGAUGCACCUCACUGGCUCAAUUUUUAUGCCAAAGAUGUGGCAAAGAUCAUCCCUGGGCUGGACAAUACUAUCAACAGCCUUGCCCUCCUAAUCAGGUACCUGAACUCAAGCAACCAUGCGACUGCUCUUCUCAAUGAAGAAAGAAGGCGCCUUGGUCUUUCACAUGGCAUCAAGAGCAUUGGAGACACUCGCGUUGCAACAGUCUACUGCGCAGCAAAGUCUGUGCUUCCCUCCAGACUGCUGCUCCCUCCUUCUCCUGGAAAGGCAGCACAAAAGGUAAGCUAUCACCGCUUCUCAGCACCAGGAGCACGGAGCACAUCAGCUUCUAGCAAGGACUCAACAACUUGGUGCUGAUACUGGAACCUUUGGCAAAUGCUAUCAAGACCUUGGAAGGAUGCAAGGUCACUCUGGCUGAUGUCUGCCAUGCUUGGCUGACUAUAGCAUGGAGCUGGGAUCGCCAUCAAGCACUCCCUCAAGGGUCUGUCGUUCUCUAAGAGCAAGGUCACCAGCUCAGUUCAUUGCUCAACACCCGCUGGAAGGGCUUUCUCAAACAAUGCACAGCAAAUCAAGAGGGCCCAGCAAGUAUCUUGGUAUUAUGCUGGCUACUCCUUCCAGCCCACAGAGCAUUGAAGUGUCUCAAGAUUGACAUUCCUAACAUCCAGCCUGUCACAAAGUUGAAGGACUCGGAUCAGCUCUUUGCUGGCUUGGUUCGCAUACUGGUCAAGCUGGAUGAUGCUGAGCAGCAAAGACAUGGCAAAAGAGGCAGUCAGUCAAGGGCCUCUUACAUCAAGGAACAGCUUUCAGCAUACAUACUUGGCUUGGCACCUUUCACAGGGCCAACAGAAGACUCUGAGCACUUUUGCACCAACCUCAGGGAUGCUCACGCCAGCAAGGAGAUAGCUCAUAUUGCUCUUAAGCUGUUAGCUAUACAGGCUACAUCAAUGGCAGAGGAGAGAUCAGCCUCUACACUUGGGUGGUUUGAUGCCGCAAAAAGGGCAUCACUCAAGCCAGCCAACCUCAUCUAUUCAGUUCAACUGUGCCAGCAUUAUAUCAAGGAGCGCCAAAGCCUCAAGACAGCCCACCAUCCUGGGGUACAAACAUCCGAGGGUGCAUUGCUCAUGAGUGCAGAUCCAACUCAACAGUCCAUGGCAAUUGAAAGGCUCCUCAAUCCUUCAGAAGAAGGUGACCUGGCCACUCUGGAAUCUGAAGACCAGGAAGAAGAUACAGAUAUGGGAGAAAGCUUCAUCUUGUCAAAAGUCUUUGACAUGUCAUCCAAUCUUCUUGGUCAAGCAAUGGGUGCAGCUGUGGGAGAACUGGAGCCCAUUGUCGAGCAAGAGAGCAGCCUGGAGGCCCUUACAGAGGAGGCUGGGGAAGAGAUUGACUAUGAUGAGCUGUAA